GAGCCGCCGUGGAAGACCUCAAGGAUUCCUUCUCAGUCUUCGGCCGGAUCCAGUAUGCUGGCAUAGACGGAGGGCGGUUGCCACCGGCAGCCCCCUCUCGGCCAGCCCCUUCCUCCCAAGGACCAACCCGCAGUGAAUACGGCGGCGUCAAAGGGCGCCCGGCUUUCGGUGGCCCCUCUUUCGGCGGCCAUUCUUUCGGCGCCCCCGGCAGGGGGACUGUCCGAUUUGAGACGCCCGACAUCGCGGAGGAGGCGGCUGCUGCAUUGGACGGCCAGGAUCUGCGAGGUUCGAUUAUCUCGGCCCGCUUGGACCCAUCUUCCAAG